GGAGGACACUGGGAUUUGGCUCCAAACCCAAACACACCCCCUGCCACGGAGCCAGUGGAGCUCCAGACCUCCAAAAGUUUAAAAUCAGGGUUUUUUUGGCAUUUUGUGGGGUUUUUUUUCCCUGCAGGGGACUCGGAGGAGGAGGACACGGGGUUCCUGGAGGUCACGGUCUCGGACAUGAAGCACCCACCACCGGAGCUGGGCCCCAUGCCCGAGGGGCUGAGCCCGCAGCAGGUGGUGCGGCGGCACAUCCUGGGCUCCAUCGUGCAGAGCGAGCGGAGCUACGUGGACUCCCUGAAGCGGAUCCUGCAGGAUUACAGGAACCCACUCUGGAAGAUGGAGCCGAAGGUGCUGAGCGCCAGGAAGUGCCAGGUGGUGUUUUUCCGGCUGAAGGAGAUCCUGCAGUGCCACUCCAUGUUCCAGAUCGCCCUCGCCUCCCGCGUGGCCGAGUGGGACUCGGCCGAGAAGAUUGGGGACCUCUUCGUGGCCUCGUUCUCCAAGUCCAUGGUGCUGGAUGUCUACAGUGACUACGUCAACAACUUCACCUCGGCCAUGUCCCUCAUCAAGAAGGCCUGUCUCACCAAACCCGCCUUCCUCGACUUCCUCAAGAAGAGGCAGAUGGCCAGUGCUGACCGGGUCACGCUCUACGGGCUGAUGGUGAAGCCCAUCCAGAGGUUCCCUCAGUUCAUCCUUCUCCUGCAGGACAUGCUGAAGAACACCCCCAAGGGCCACGCAGACCGUCUGUCCCUCCAACUGGCCCUCACUGAGCUGGAGACGUUGGCGGAGAAGCUCAACGAGCAGAAGCGCUUGGCCGACCAAGUGGCCGAGAUCCAACAGCUCAGCAAGAGCAUCAGCGACAGGAGCAGCCUCAACAAGCUGCUGAGCUCGGGGCAGAGGCAGCUCCUGCUCUGUGAGACGCUGACGGAGACGGUGUACGGGGACCGUGGGCAGCUCAUCAAGUCCAAGGAGAGGAAGGUUUUCCUGCUCAACGACAUGUUGGUCUGUGCCAACAUCAACUUCAAGCCGGUGGACACAGGAGGCCAACUGGAAAUCAGCAGCCUGGUGCCCCUGGGGCCCAAAUACGUGCUGAAGUGGAGCACGGCCCUCCCGCAGGUGCAGGUGGUGGAGGUGGGGCAGGAGGGCGGCGCCUACGACAAGGACAACGUGGUCAUCCACAACGCCGGCGCCCGCAGACACGCGCCCGCCGGGCAGGCCUCGCACAACAAAGUCUACCUGGGGCCACCACGGCUCUUCCAGGAGCUGCAGGACCUGCAGAAGGACCUGGCAGUGGUGGAGCAGAUCACCCUCCUCAUCAGCACCUUGCAUGGCACCUACCAGAACCUGAACAUGACAGUGGCCCAGGACUGGUGCCUGGCACUGCAGAGGAUGGUGAGGGUGAAGGAGGAGGAGAUCCACUCUGCCAACAAGUGCCGCCUGCGGCUGCUGCUGCCCGGGAAGCCGGACAAGUCCGGCCGCCCCAUCAGCGUCAUGGUCGUGUUCAUCACCCCCAGCCCCCUGAGCAAGAUCUCCUGGGUGAACCGCCUGCACCUGGCCAAGAUAGGCCUCAGGGAGGAGAACCAGCCGGGCUGGCUUUGUCCCGACGAAGACAAGAAGAGCAAAGCCCCGUUCUGGUGCCCCAUCCUCUCCUGCCACAUGCCAGCCUUCUCCUCCAAAGCCCUUGAUCUGCAGCUCGGAGCCGCAGUUCACAACCCCGUGCAGUCCUCGCUGCUGGGCUUCUCCGCCGUCAGCACGUCGCUGCCGCAGGGCUACCUCUGGGUGAGCCACCCCCCAAAACGGGGCCAAACCCCCUGGCUUUGGGGCAUCGUGUCCCCAACAGCCCCCCCC